AGACAACUGGCUAGCUGUAGCCAGGGAAAUAACAGCGGCUCCUUCAUUAGCUCAUGUACUUAGCUGCAGUGUUUACCACAUUAGCAGGAUCCCAUCCAGAGCGUAAACAGCGAGCGGGGGGAAGUUUGCCAGAGCUGGCAGAGAUGGAAGGAGGAGAUGACUGCAGUUUUCCUCCAGAUUCGUCCGAUGAUCACUCACAAAGAGGAAGUGUUGCUUCCUCUGCGACACUUUCCCGCGCUCAAGAUGUGCUCGUAUACUUGUUCGGUGAGAGCGCAGUGCACUUAUCUGUAGAAGGGCUUGGCAGUGUCACCGUGCAGGAGUUGGGCCGUAGCGUUCGUGAAGCUCUCCAUAUUCCUGAGUCUGUACAGGAUGCUUUUGCCUUCUGGCUUUGCUCUCCACUGCUUGAAUUGCAGUUGAAGGCGAGGCAUCAGCCCUACAAAUUGUGUCGGCAGUGGCAGGACUUGCUGUAUCGAUUCACUGAGGCCUCGGAGGAAGACAUUUCACAAGAUGAACCGUGUCUCCAGUACAGACGCAACGUGUUUUAUCUGAAAUCUAAAGAGCUGCAGAUAGAAGACGAGGGAGUGUUGAGACUUCUGUACGAGGAGGCCAGGAGCAACAUCCUCACGGGCCGAUACCCCUGCGAUCCCGAACACUGGACCGGUCUCGGAGCCUUGUCUCUUGCUCUUGAAGAUGGAACUGGUCUGGACAGCCAACAAUUUACUACUACUGUCAGAGAAAAGAAGCUGUCCUCUUUCCUGCCAGCCCAUGUCGUCAUGGGGAGUGGAGGUCUGCUCUCCACGUUGCGAGGGAAGUCGAGCCGUCACGCCGGGCUAGAGCAGAAGCUCUUGGAGGAGUACAGAAAGAUCAGCACAUCUGCCGGGAACUCUCCUGAGCCCACACAGCUCCUACACCAGUACCUCAACACAUGUCACUCUCUGCCUUAUUAUGGGUGCGCGUUCUUCUUUGGGGAGAUCGACAAACCGGCGCAAGGGAUCCUCCAAAGGGCAAAACGUAAAGCCGUCAAUGUUGGGAUCUGCUUGGAGGGAGUUUAUGUGAUGGACGUUAAAGAGAAGCAUGUGCUGCUCGGCCUGCGUUUCAGCGAGCUCUCCUGGGACCACAGCUACCCAGAGGAGGAGGGCGACUCGCACAUUCUGUGGCUGGAGUUCGACGGAGAGGAAGAUGGCACUCCUGUCAACAAGUUGCUAAAGAUCUACUCGAAACAGGCCGAGCUAAUGAGCGGCUUCAUUGAGUUCUGUGUGGAGCUGAAAUCUGCAUCCGAGGGCGGAGCUGCAGCCGAGGUGGACGGCGACGUGAGUCUGUCUCAGCAGCCCGCCGGGCAGGAAGGCAGGAACAAGAACGGGCGUGGAGGACGGCGCGGGAUGCUGCACAGGCAAGGCAGCGUUGUGUGCAGUCGGGUCCACUCACUGAACACCAUCAGCUACGUGGACAACGGAAAAGAAAUCAAACGCCUAAAGCCGAAAAGAGCCGCGUCCUUCUUCACCCGGCAGGCGUCGGCAACCACCUACUCCGCUGUGCAAGUGACAGAGAGCCUGGAGCAGGGUUAGACUCCCCGAUCGGCUCCGGCCUGUUCACCUCGACGACCAAAUCUGAACAUUUUACACUGAGAUCUAACGAAAAAAAGACUUGACACGAGCUUGAGACGUUUCACUGCUAAUAUAUGAACAUGUAAAGGACCAAGCGACAGGUAUCAAAGUGUGAGUGUCAAUAUUUAUCUCCUGAAGUUGUGUAUAUUAAGAGAGUACAGUAAUGUGAAAAACAAAAAUGAUCUAUGCUUCCAAGGUUGAACUGAAGUGGCUAUUCAUUCGAUGGCCUUACAUACAGAACACAUGAUGGACCUCUUUCAUAAUCCUGAGACAAGCCUUAGAGAACUCCUCAAACAGUGACUCCGAUUCCAACUGUAUGAUGUUUUUUGACUUUUCUGCAGCGCUCCGACAGCAGCUUUACUGCUAUCAUUCAAAUAUGUUACACCUCGAACCAGUAUAACCACUGCGUUACCUCUUUUUACUUUAUCGGGGAUCGAACAAAAAGACCGUUGCAAUAUACAUCCCCCACCCCCUCCAUGACACUUUGUUACUCCUCCUCGAGCUGUAAGAGUCGCCACAGACUCCUCACAGUCAGCAUGACAAACACUUUCAGGGGACGAUCUAAGGGCGUGUUCGCACUAUUCUGCUUUUCAAACUGCCAGUGCCUUGUUCUCACGAAAGGGUGAAGCCACUUUGUAAAGUACUGGUAGAGACGCUUGGUGUUCCCCGUUACUGACCUUAAGAACAUCCGUAUGGGAGCGCAUUGGCUUUGUUGUGGAAGUUUCUUGUAAGUAGAUGUAUUUAAGAGUUUGUAAUAUUUGCCGACAUGUGUAAGACGGUUAUCAUGGAACGAAAGCGCGGGUGACAUAUCCAACUUGUUAAGAAAAAAAGUAUUUUAUCUACAAAAGCGGAAUAGCGUGAAUUUAGUCUAAAGAUUUAAAUGAAGAGGAUUGACAUUAACAGCUUCUAGUUGUAGGAGUUAGUUAUGUGCUCGCGGUGUCUUUGGUAUUAAAGAGUCAAAUUUGAAUCAAAAACUAUUAAGUUCACAAAAACACAUUAAUGUAAUAAAGCCUUUUAUCGUUAGCAACUAGUUUACCAUACCAGGCUGCUAUUUCUGCCUGUUAGCAUGUCAUCAUCAAUGUUAAAUAUCCAAACCAGCACCAUCAGUACAAGUGACGUCCACGCACGGGUUUGGACUCGACUAUCAUUCGCUCGGCCGACCGAUCAAACUGAUGCAAUAUCGUACUGUACUACUUCAACUAAACUUAGAUUAAACAGAUUCACACUGCAGCUUGUAUGUGCAAGUUUAGACCAGCUGUUUAGAGUAACUGCUUUCCUCACGACAGCGACGACGUUGCGGUUGACUUUAUUUAAAAGAAGACAGGGAACACUAUCUGUGUAUGCUGUUGCGACGAUGCAUCUGCAAAAACCGCCGUGGGUUUUAACAUGGUUUGUUAAGGACUAAACCAUCUAAGUAGUAAUAGUACAAAGACGUGACCGUUUGUUUUUUUUUCAGCCUGUAAAGAAACAUUUAUCACUUUAGUUUGUCUGAAAACGUACAGCUCACCAAAUCUGGGGAUGCACAGUUAUCCCCAGAGUGUGCUCGGUGCAUCGGGCACAGACCAACUUUGGACUAGGGGUCGAUUGAUGUUUGUUUUGUGUUUUGAGAGCUGAUAACAGUGAUCAGCAUUGAGAAACCAAUAACUGAUAUGGGCAACUGAUAUACAUUUGCCAUAAAAAAAGACAUAUUUGGUGUCAAAAUUUAGAAGAACAUAAACAUUUAUUCUUUAAAAUGCCUUCAUUUAUGUUUGGCUUGUAUUUAAUUGAAAGAGAACUUUUCAACAUUUUUCCUUUAGUGUCGAUUAGUUUAUACUCAUAAUGUCCAACCAGUCAGUGCUGUGGUGGGACGUUGCUCAUGGCAGGUGUAUCAGAGCCAAAGUAGCACAUUCUGAUGACUUGAUUCAUUUGAUUGGGAAAAUCAAACUGAAUGUCGGAUCAGAUAUUCGCCCCGGCUGAUAAUCGGUCGACCCCUAGUUUAAACAAUGCCGUUAAAAUCUCAGUCUUCACACCAAACCAAGCCUAUCUGACAUGCUGCAGCCUGUCUAACAUGAAUCUACCUUAACACUACAGAGACAGAUCUGCCGCCUGGCAGAAUCGUCCAGAUGUUUCUCUGAACUUCACCCUGAUGCUGAUACUUGCAGUUUCUGCCUUUCGCCAUAAUGUACAAACUCACCUCACCGAACUGCCGUGAAAGAAGGUCCACACCUCUAUAAUACCGCCUUCCACUUGAACACGUGUCCUCGUUUGAGAUGUGGUCGUGUUUUCCUCCUCAUUCUUCUCAGCAUGCAAACCGCAGAAUGUUCUUACUUUUCUACGCUUCGACCUGUAUGUCAGCUACUGUCUGUAACCCUGAACCGCGAGCAGGCCGGUAUAUUGUUGCUAACGUACACUAUGCAUGUCACACUGUAGCAUAGGCAUUCCUACAGUCUCCACAUCACGUGAUGCUGCACUGUUAAUACUAAUACACUGUUUAUAAACCUUUUACAUCAGCCAGUUGUUUUGUAUUGUUUGUUAGCUUUGAUGAGAGAAUAUUUUUACCUUCAUUUUCAUAUACUUGUCAGUGUUUGUAUACAAGAAUGAAGAAAUAUGUCUAAUUUAGCAUCUUUACCUUCUCAAGCAGUCACUUUGCAGGAGCUUUAAGUGCCUUUUGGUUUCUACUAAGUUGGCAUCUGAAUGACUGUUUUGGUGCUUGGAAACCAGGAACAGACAGUUUUGGUGUUGCUACGGUUUAACACAUGGAUCUUGUUUUUGUGAUGUAUUUGCCAUGUUAUUAACUACACAUUGCAUUUCACCCUUCCUAGCUGAUGUGAGAAUCUGGACGUACUGAGUGACUGAUGUUGAACAGUGUAUUGUGGUUUCUCUCAGUGGUCAGUCAGUCCUGCCUUUAUUAAAAUGUGUCUGAUGUUUUUUUUGUUUUUUUUUUAAUAAACAGAUGCAAAGUGAUGGCGUGUUUCUCAGAGAAUAUCUGUUAACGUCUGCAGUGUUUCCUGCAACACAACUCACAUGUUAUCUUCCUUUUUUCUCUGUCUUUAGCAAAAUGACAUACGCAAGACAUUUCCUUCAGUAUUUUUGCCACACGUUCUGUUCAGACACUGACAGUUGUAGAUUUAUUUUACAGUUAAACCAACAACUUAAUUAUUUGACCUGUUGUGUUGCCAAGUGUUUGUGUUGCUAGUGUGUGUGUGCAGGGAUGUAAGAGUUGUGUAACUGUUUGUGCGUAUUCAGAAAGCUGAUUUGUGAUCAGUCCUGUGGAAAUUGUUUGAAAUGCACAUAAAACUUUUUUAGUUACCACAAUUAACACAAAACUUUCAGAUGUCUAAAAGCAAUCACUAAAUAUUAUUCCACUUUAACAUUACUGUUAAUGCUGCAUACAUAUUUUGACUCUUUAGCCAAUAAAAUGAAAUGGUUUUCUUAAACAUUCA